UUUCCAAGUUCACCAAAUUAAUUACAAAACCCAUUUUCCACAAUCAAAUACAAUGCUUUCUCUGAAGCUCCCAACUAUUUCACAAAAAAACACUCUAAUAACUCACCCACCAAAAACAACAACAACAAAAACCAACCAUGCUUCUUCUUUUUCUUCUUCUCAUUACCAUUAUUCACGUUUCCAAUCACACCUAUUCUCCUCUCAACCCAUGAUAAUUACCAAACAUGGCUCGAUAGCUUCUGUUCCAAGCAUUCCAAACGCGGAGCUUGAGGACGAAGUGGAAGAGGAGCAGAUGCCGGAGGAACUGAGGGAGGAGAUGAUGCCGAAGCAUGUGGCGGUCAUUAUGGACGGGAACAGAAGGUGGGCGAAAAUGAGAGGGCUGCCGUCAUCUGAGGGGCACGUAGCUUGCGUGCAGUCGCUAAAAAGGGUGGUGAAAUUGUGUUUAACAUGGCGAAUCAAGGUUCUCACUGUUUUCAUGUUUUCAACUGAAAAUUGGCGUCGCUCCAAGGAGGAGGUUGAAUUCAUUUUUAGCCUCCUUGAAAGAGUAGCACAUUCUGAAAUUGAAGGAAUCAUGAGAGAAGGAAUUAAACUAUCUAUGAUUGGAGAUUCGUCAAAACUUCCUAGAACUUUGCAGAGAAUGAUAACUACUUUUGAGGAGAGUACAAAGGAUAAUUCGAGAUUCCAACUUAUAGUGGCAAUUAACUAUGGUGGGAAAUAUGACAUACUCCAAGCAUGUAAAAGUGUAGUCAAGAAAGUGCAAGAUAACCUUAUUCAUUUAGAAGACAUUAAUGAACGCAUAAUUGAAAAAGAAUUAGAAACUAAGUGUACUGAGUUUCCUUGUCCAGAUCUAAUGAUCCGAACUAGCGGAGAACUUAGAAUUAGUAAUUUCUUAUUAUGGCAAUUGGCAUACACAGAACUUUACUUUACUCCACAAUUUUGGCCAGAUUUUGGAAAAGAUGAAUUUUUAGAGGCCUUAAGAUCAUUUCAACAAAGACAAAGACGUUUUGGGGGACGACAUUAAUCAAUCUUCAAUUAUGGUAAUUUUCAGAUUAUAAAUUAUUGUGUGAGGGCUUUCUAAUUGCGGUGUUGUUUUUUAUAUUUAAUUUCUUUCUUGUUGGAACUGUGAUCCCUUUUAUUUAAGGCUUUGUAUGUUUUUUA